AUGCUGCGCCGCCUGCUAAACCGCCGCGCGGCCCGCUCAAACGCCACGCCGCUUGCUCAAACGCAGCGUCGCCCGCUCAAACGCAGCGCCGCUCGCUCAAACGCCACGCCGCCCGCUCAAACGCCGCGUUGCCCGCUCAAACGCCGUGCCCGCCGCUGCUACCCCGCUCGUCGCGCGGGUGGUGUGGGUGGUGUGGGUGGUGUGGGUGGUGUGGGUGGUGUGGGUGGUGUGGGUGGUGUGGGUGGUGUGGGUGGUGUGGGUGGUGUGUGUGGUGUGUGUGGUGUGGGUGGUGUGGGUGGUGUGGGUGGUGUGGGUGGUGUGGGUGGUGUGGGUGGUGUGGGUGGUGUGGGUGGUGUGGGUGGUGUGGGUGGUGUGGGUGGUGUGGGUGGUGUGGGUGGUGUGGGUGGUGUGGGUGGUGUGGGUGGUGUGGGUGGUGUGGGUGGUGUGGGUGGUGUGGGUGGUGUGGGUGGUGUGUGUGGUGUGGGUGGUGUGGGUGGUGUGGGUGGUGUGGGUGGUGUGGGUGGUGUGGGUGGUGUGGGUGGUGUGGGUGGUGUGGGUGGUGUGGGUGGUGUGGGUGGUGUGGGUGGUGUGGGUGGUGUGGGUGGUGUGGGUGGUGUGGGUGGUGUGGGUGGUGUGGGUGGUGUGGGUGGUGUGGGUGGUGUGGGUGGUGUGGGUGGUGUGGGUGGUGUGGGUGGUGUGGGUGGUGUGGGUGGUGUGGGUGGUGUGGGUGGUGUGGGUGGUGUGGGUGGUGUGGGUGGUGUGGGUGGUGUGGGUGGUGUGGGUGGUGUGGGUGGUGUGGGUGGUGCGGGUGGUGCGGGUGGUGCGGGUGGUGCGGGUGGUGCGGGUGGUGCGGGUGGUGCGGGUGGUGCGGGUGGUGCGGGUGGUGCGGGUGGUGCGGGUGGUGCGGGUGGUGCGGGUGGUGCGGGUGGUGCGGGUGGUGCGGGUGGUGCGGGUGGUGCGGGUGGUGCGGGUGGUGCGGGUGGUGCGGGUGGUGCGGGUGGUGCGGGUGGUGCGGGUGGUGCGGGUGGUGCGGGUGGUGCGGGUGGUGCGGGUGGUGCGGGUGGUGCGGGUGGUGCGGGUGGUGCGGGUGGUGCGGGUGGUGCGGGUGGUGCGGGUGGUGCGGGUGGUGCGGGUGGUGCGGGUGGUGCGGGUGGUGCGGGUGGUGCGGGUGGUGCGGGUGGUGCGGGUGGUGCGGGUGGUGCGGGUGGUGCGGGUGGUGCGGGUGGUGCGGGUGGUGCGGGUGGUGCGGGUGGUGCGGGUGGUGCGGGUGGUGCGGGUGGUGCGGGUGGUGCGGGUGGUGCGGGUGGUGCGGGUGGUGCGGGUGGUGCGGGUGGUGCGGGUGGUGCGGGUGGUGCGGGUGGUGCGGGUGGUGCGGGUGGUGCGGGUGGUGCGGGUGGUGCGGGUGGUGCGGGUGGUGCGGGUGGUGCGGGUGGUGCGGGUGGUGCGGGUGGUGCGGGUGGUGCGGGUGGUGCGGGUGGUGCGGGUGGUGCGGGUGGUGCGGGUGGUGUGGGUGGUGUGGGUGGUGUGGGUGGUGUGGGUGGUGUGGGUGGUGUGGGUGGUGUGGGUGGUGUGGGUGGUGUGGGUGGUGUGCAGCAGGACGUGAGAGCCACGGAGAUAGACAAGGUGGAUCUGCUGGCGUCGUAUCGCCCUGGUGACCUUAUUCGAGCUCAAGUGCUCUCGCUGGGAGACUCACGCGCCUAUUUCCUCUCCACAGCCAAGAACGACUUGGGGGUUAUACUGGCCAAAGGGGUCGCAGGUUAG